AUGCGAAAUCUAAGCGGACUGUUAUUCGGUCUGAUUGGUACUGUUAUUCGAAUUCUGGAAGAAUGGAGUGUUGCGGAGGUGACAAUAAAGCGAAGACGUUGUGCUUCAACAUCUUCAUCGUCAUCAUCAUCAUCGUCCGGCGAUGAUGUUGUUUCACUGGAUAGUGACGUGGAAGGUGGUGGUGGUGGUGGUGAAAACGACGACGACGACAACCACGAAACGAAGCCAACACGACCGAUCAAAAGCGCUAACGGCAUGUCCGAGCGAAUGAAACGUAACCAGGAAACGGAACAUCGAAUCCACACAGUUCUUGUUGCACUACUCCAUGCGGCUACCUCUGUUGCACCUUAUUUAUACAGCGAUCGUGCUCCAUCCGCAUAUUACUGCGUUAGUUUCUCGACGUGCUUUCCGUUGAAAAUUUCGGAAUUUGUUCAACAAAUUUAUCCCCUAUUUUUUUGGAUAUUACGUUCAUACAUGGUUGUUAUGUUGUUUUUCUGUACGCUGCUAAACUUUCAAGGGAGCAUGUCUGCUUGCUUAUAUAUGAUCACGACGAAACACGCCAAGCAUCCUUCGCUCUCUAUGACAACCAUCGUUGUCUUUUUACUUUCGUUUAUGACAACUUUUUUGCGCCUACUUCUCGCAGGAUUUAAUAGCAACGCGCAGCAGACUGACCUGUGCGAUCAUGCGUUUCGUGCAAUUCAGCCGACCGAACGAUUGCCUGUUAAUGAUUUUCACUGCUUUGUACUUUAG